CCUUUUCCCUCCUUCCCAAGCUCUUUCUUCCUCUUCAUAUCCUCUUUUCAUAUUCUUAGGGUUUUGGAUCAGAGACAAAAUAUUUAAAAUUUUUAUUAUGAUUUUCAAUUAUUUGUUGGAGUUAGGGUUUUCGCUAUGGCUGGGGCACCGGCUCCGGCGAGUCCCGGCGGAGGAAGUCACGAGAGCGGCGAGCACAGCCCAAGGUCCAAUGUGCGAGAACAAGACAGGUAUCUUCCUAUCGCUAACAUAAGCCGUAUUAUGAAAAAGGCUCUUCCUAUCAACGGCAAGAUUGCUAAAGAUGCUAAAGAGACCGUACAAGAGUGCGUCUCCGAGUUUAUCAGCUUCAUCACCAGCGAAGCUAGCGAUAAGUGUCAGAAAGAGAAGAGGAAGACAAUUAACGGGGAUGAUCUGCUCUGGGCUAUGGCGACUUUAGGGUUUGAAGAUUACAUCGAUCCCCUUAAGAUUUACCUCACCAAAUAUAGAGAAAUGGAGGGUGAUGCCAAGGGCUCGGCUAAAGGUGGAGAUGCAUCUGCAAAGAAAGAUGUUCAACCAAGCCCAAAUGCCCAGCUCGCUCAUCAAGGUUCAUUCUCACAAGGAGUUAAUUAUGGGAAUUCUCAAUCUCAGGCCCAUCUGAUGGUUCCAUUGCAAGGCACUGACUAGAGAUUCACCCUUAUUCGGUGAAUUCCAUUAUCUAAAUCCCAAUCAAUAACAUGUUUCAUUGCCACAAGUAGUAUCAAUACGUCCAUCUGAUGUUAAGACUGACAAUUUGGAUGGUUUGCGUCCUCUUAUCUUGUAAGCUGUUAUUUUCCAGUAAUGUUAUAUAUCAGGUGUCCUUUGGAAUAGAUUCACCUUUCAAAGAAAUGUGUAAAUCUUGGGAGGUUAUCGUAGAUUUGAGCUCAUGGUGAGGACAUAAUAUUCUGGCAAUGACAUCGAUUAGGGAACUUCUUAUGCUUCUGUUAAUCCUAUUUUUAUAUGACUUCAAACAAUGUAAGGUCGAUUGUUCAGUCAAAUGGACGGGAUUAUUUAUUUGAUUGUUGAUUUCUACUGUCA